AUGGGGUUAUUGGCUCAGUUUCCUCCUUGUCUGGCUUUGUAUGGGGCUGUGGCUCGGUUGAUGUUCUCCUUGUCCGGCUUUGUAUGGGGCUGUGGCUUGGUUGAUGUUCUCCUUGUUUGGCUUUGUAUGGGGCUGUGGCUGGGUUGUUGUUCUCCUUGUCUGGCUUGGUUUGGGACUGUGGCUGGGCCAGCGUCCUCCUUGUCUCUAUAUUUAUAUCUUCUUCUUUUUCAGAUGUGGAAGCAGAAGUGGCAGAAGAAGGGAGAGCAGUUUGGUGGAGGAGGAAAACAUUUUAACCGCAGUGAGGAUACUUGCUUCCAUUGUGGCAGGAAGGGUCAUUGGGCAUCUCAGUGUCCUGGCAAAGUACUUCCGGUUACGAAGCCUGAGGAGGCGGAGCCUAUGGAGGAAGAGAUCAUGUUACCAUCACUGGAGGAUGUGGCCAGGAUGACCAACACUCCGAUGGGGACCAUCACGGAAAUCUGUGAAGGUCACCAUAAUGCGAACCACGAAGUGAUCAGGCCGGUAUAUGAACCAGCCCCACUCCCUCCCACCAUGACGCCUCUUUAUGAGCUGGAACCAUCAGGGACAGUCCAAGAUACGCCCCCCGAGGUGUACGCCGCACUUGCUGAGUUGGGUUAUCACCGUUUCCGUCCAGGGCAGGAAGAGGCCAUCAUGAGGAUCCUAUCCGGUCUGUCCUCCCUGGUAAUCCUCUCCACAGGAAUGGGGAAAUCUCUGUGUUAUCAGCUACCAGCAUUCAUGUAUGCAAAGAGGUCACCGUGCAUCACGCUGGUCAUAUCACCACUAGUGUCACUGAUGGAUGACCAGGUGUCUGGUCUUCCCUCCAAACUUAAAGCCGUGUGUAUUCACUCCAACAUGACAAGAAAUCAGCGAGAAGCAGCUAUGGAGAAGGUGAAACAAGGCAAGGUGCACGUGCUGCUCCUUUCCCCGGAGGCUCUGGUUGGUGGGGGUCUGUCAGGAUCCAGUUGUUUGCCCCCUGCUGACCAGCUCCCCCCAGUGGCCUUUGCAUGUAUAGAUGAAGUUCACUGUGUCUCGGAGUGGUCCCACAACUUCCGGCCUUGUUACCUUCGGCUGUGUAAAGUUCUCCGGGAACGCCUCGGUGUGCGGUGUCUUCUUGGCCUUACAGCCACAGCCACCCUGGGUACCGCUCAAGAUGUAGCCCGUCACCUGGAGGUGUCAGACAUCGACAAGACGCCUCUGCGGCUGGCAGCUGUGCCUCCUAAUCUACACCUAUCUGUGUCCAUGGACCAAGACCGGGACCAGGCACUUGUUACGCUUCUAAAAGGUGAACGUUUUGGUUGUUGUCUGGAUUCUGUCAUCAUCUAUUGCACACGAAGGGAGGAGACACAGCGCUUGGCCGCGUUGCUUCGAACGUGCCUGCAGGGGGUGAUGGUGAAUCGCCCAGCAGAGGAGAAUGUGUCAGUGGAGAGUGACAAGAAGAAAGCGCAGGCAAGAAAGAAGAUUCGCCGCCCACUGAAGUGGAUGGCGGAUUCAUACCAUGCAGGGUUGUCGGCUGCUGAGCGCAGGAGGGUACAGAACAACUUCAUGAGUGGUCAGCUUCGAAUCGUCGUGGCUACUGUGGCGUUCGGGAUGGGUCUGGAUAAAUCUGACGUUCGAGGGAUCAUCCAUUACAAUAUGCCUAAAAACUUUGAGAGCUACGUCCAGGAGAUUGGCAGAGCUGGGCGAGAUGGCAAGGAUGCCCACUGUCACCUCUUCCUAGACCCCAAUUCGCAGGAUUUGGAUGAGCUGCGCAGACAUGUGUACGCCGAUUCUGUGGACUACAUUACGGUGAAGAAACUGGUCCAGAGAGUCUUUCCUACGUGCAAGUGUCGUGACAUCCAGAACAAGCGUGAGGCCCUAAGGAGGGGCUGUGAGCUGGAUGAUGAUGAAAUGUUGGAUUUCCUGGCACAGUGUGAUGGUGAGGAAGAGGCCAGACCUCCAUCUAUGGACAAAGCGGUGGAGCGGACGUGCCAUAGACAUGAGCGUGUUCUUCCUAUAGAGGAGACCGUGCAGGCGCUGGACGUCCGGGAGGAAGGUAUUGAGACUCUUCUUUGCUAUCUGGAACUCCAUUCUUCUCAUUGGUUGGAGCUCCUGCACCCCACCUUAUCGGUCUGUCGUGUCACUUGCUACAGUGGUCCUCGGCAGUUGCGUGGCAUCGCGCACAGCUGCCCCCCUGUAGCUGUGGCUCUGGCUCGGGAACGACUGUCGGGUGUUGAUCACACACACACCAGUUCUGUGGAGUUCAAUGUGGUGGAGGUGGCGGACUUCAUGGGCUGGGAAGUCGUUCUAGUGAAGAGAGGUCUCCGGAACCUGCAAUGGAACUCUUCUUCCUCCGGAGGUUUCCGGGGUACAGGCCGCAGCGGUGUCCUGGUUGAGUUCAGCGCGCUGUCCUUUCACUUCCGUUCUUACGGAGAUCUGACAGAUGAGGAAUUGGAGGAUGUCUGUGAUUUUCUCCAUCACAAAGUUUCUUCACGAGAGGCGACGGCUCUGAGACAACUGAAGUCUUGUUACCGGGUGUUCCAGAGUGUGACGUACAGGAGCAGCGCGGCCUGCGCAGAGCAAGUCAAUCUGGAGCGCAGCGCUCAGCUGAAGGCUCAUAUCCUGGAGUACUUUGAGGGGAGAAAUCCUCUGAACGAUGAAGGACGGGAGAAUGCCGAGGAAGAGCUGAGCAAAGAGAAGGCCGAAGAUUGGUUGGCUCAGCUGUCUUGUGACGUUCGCCUUUUCCUCUCCAUUCACCAAGAUGAGCGUUUCUCUGGACGAAAUCUUGCCCGGGAUUUUUCAUGGGAUCGGAAGUCCAUGUUACCCAGCACAGGUCUAUGGGCGGGAUCGGCGCUUCUGGCGGAAAUACCUCCACUUGGACUUUACCAAAGUCAUGCAGAUCUGUAAAGAGGAAAUCAUCCGUCUGCGCUGA